GAAGAGGGCUUGUUUUAGCUUUGUUUUCCUAUUGGUCAGCGAAAGGAAGGAGGAGCUAUGUGAUUGGCUGGUUCUUCGGGAAGAACAUGGAGCCGUUCUCAUCACUGUUCGUCCCUUCAGAGCCGCCGCCUUCUCUCCCGUCUGGUCCUCCGGGCGCCCCGCCAGUGGUUCCUGGCGGCUUCGGGCCGGGGAAGCCUCUGUCGGUGUCUGGGCCCACCAACUCGUCAGUACCUGCGCUGCCUCCUCCACCAUCUCUGUCCUCCUCAGUCCCUGUGGGUGAAGACGCGUCCAGGAGACCCUCCGGCCCCUUCUAUCUGCUCAGAGAGCUCUCAGGACUCUCCGACCUCACGGGCAGCGUCAAUCUCAUUCUGCAUUAUAAUCUAGAACAUGCGUUCGGGAAAUUCUGCGGUAAAAAAGUCAAAGAGAAGCUCAGUAAUUUCCUUCCAGACCUCCCAGGUAUGAUCGACACUCCCGGUUCUCAGGAUAACAGCAGUCUUCGCUCUCUCAUCGAAAAGCCUCCAAUUUGUGGAAAUUCCUUCACACCUUUAACCGGAGCCCUGCUGACUGGAUUCCGACUUCACGCCGGCCCGCUUCCAGAACAAUGUCGACUGAUGCACAUACAACCGCCAAAGAAGAAAAACAAAAAGCACAAACAGAGCAGAACACAAGAGCCAGCCCCCCCAGAAACCCCGUCAGACUCUGAUCACAGGAAAAAGAAGAAGAAACAGAGGGAAGACGACCCAGAAAGAAGGCGGAAGAAGAAAGACAAAAAGAAAAAGAAGAGCCGCCACAGUCCUGAGCACCCAGGCGCAGGAAGUUCGCAAAGUGGAUUGCGCUGAGCGUUCGCCUUCAUUUGUACAUAUUGUCUUUUUUUUAUAGCGUUAGUUCUUUUUAAUAAAGCUCCUACCUUUCCCACC